CGCGGCAUUGUGGGAUUCGGCGGCGCGCGCACGGCAGCCAGGGGGAUAGAAAACAUGGCGGCGGCCGAGCGCGCUGCGCACCGUGUGCGGAAGUGAGGAGUCCCGAAUCGCCGCAGAGCUGCGGCCCGCGAUGUGGAGGCUGUAGGACCGGCCAUAGCAUGGCUGCUUCUCGCUCGACGCGUGUUACCAGGUCGUCGGUGGGCAUAAAUGGAUUGGAUGAAAACUUCUGUGGUCGGACCCUCAGGAACCGUAGCAUCGCCCAGUCGGAUGACUCCUCGCCGGCCCCCCUGCCCCGGGCUCGCUCGCCCAAGAAAAAGCCGGACAGCCAGCAGGGGGCGCCACAGCAGCCCUCCCCCAAAGGGAGCCAUCUGGGGAAGGUAGCCGACGCCAAACACCUCCCAGGGGAGCGGGAGCCAUGGAUGAGCCCCCGCAAGCGCGGCCUGUCCUUCUCGGAAAGGGAGGCCCCUGAGAAGGUGGAGGGCCAGCCCCGUGAGGCAUCGCCUCUGCUCAAGCGGGCCAGGGGGCGCUCUCGCUCCGGUGAGACCCCCGGCUCCCCAGCCAGGCCUGAGAGACCCUCUCCAUGCGACGCUCAGGAUGCAAUCGAGGGCGAGCGGGACUCCCAACGUAACGAAGGCAAGUCUGAGGCAGCAGAGAACUCCAAAGAGGCUGGCGGGCAGCCUGUGGAUGGCAGCGAGGGCCAUGGGGUGGCCAAUGGGCUUGCCGACCGGGGCCCCGAUGGAGGCCUUGGUGGGGGCCCCACGCCACCCUCUGUGGGACUGAACGCCGCGAUGGACGGUCCCCGGGAGCCAGGGAACAACCUUGGGGAUGUGUGCUGUGAUUACGCAUCCCUGCUGAACGGCAGGCAGGGGGCGCCCUUUCCCAGCCCCCACUCUGAUGUGCCUUGUAGAAACUCGCACCCCGAGCAGGUGGGGCCUGUCGGUCCAGAGGGCCCCCCCUCUGAGACCCCGCUGGUGGAGGAGGAGGUGGACGUGGUGGGCGACGCCGGCAGCCUGGCCCAGGCGCGAGUCACGGACGGCACCAACAGUGGUCUGUGUGUGGCGAACGACGAGCCCCGCAUGUCAGGGGGGGGCCAACCAGUGUGUCUGCCUCAGGGCCCUGCCUACAGCUCAGCAAGUCCCACCCAUUGCCCCCCAGGCCCUGCCCAAAGCCCCCCCCACACUCCCUGCUUCAGUGAACCCCAAGAGCAUCGCUACGCCCUGAGAACUUCUCCCCGAAGGGGCAGGGGCAGCCCGCCUAAGCUGAGCUCCCCCCCGGGGGAGGAGCGGGAGGCCGAGGCCCCCCCUGACGCAGAGAGCACCAGCAGCCCCCGGGGGGAGCCGGAGGCCAAAGAGAGCGGGGAGGUGGGCUCACCGGAGCUCAGAGCUCCCAGAUCCACCAAAGAGCCUGUAGGCGGUCCGGCUGCUGAGGAGGAGGAGGACGACGAAGAUGACCCAGACGUCUAUUAUUUCGAGUCUGACCAUUUGGCUUUGAAACACAACAAAGACUACCAGAGGCUGCUGCAGACCAUCGGCGUGCUGGAAGCCCAGCGGACCCAGGCCAUCCUGGACCUGGAGGCUCUGGCCCGGCAUCAGCAGCAGGCCCUGAGUGACCCCGUGGACUUCGUGGAGCGGCUGCAGAAGCAGAUGGUUCUGGGCCUGCCGGGCCCUCAGCGGGUGGUCCAGCUCCCAGACAUCGCCUGGGACCAGUACACCUCGGGCCUGGGGGACUUCGAGCGGGAGUUCUGCGACAGGAAGCGGAACACUCGGAGGACCAAGCUCAUCUUUGAUAAAGUGGGGUUGCCAGCUCGACCAAAAAGCCCUCUGGAUUCCAAAAGGGAUGGCGAGUCUUCAGCACUGUACACCGCACUGCCCUCUAGUGACGGUCCGGAUCACAGCAGCUCCAGCAGCCGUUCUCAGAUGAUCAAGGGCAGGAAUUGUGACCAGAAUAAAUCAGAUACGUUCAACCAGCUGUGGACCAUAGAGGAGCAGAAGAAGCUGGAGCAGCUCCUGUUGAAGUUCCCCCCCGAGGAGGUGGAGUCCAGACGCUGGCAGAAGAUAUCGUCUGGGGGCUGGAUAGACGGCUGUAAUUAAAGGCAGGGUGAUGACUGGGCAGCCUGAGGGAUGGAGUGGUCUCUGUCUCUGCCCCCUGUCCCUGCCCCUGUCAAUGUGAGGACCCGAAUCUUUACUCGCUUGUGUUUUCAGGCAUCUACCAAAAGGCAGCACCACCUGAACAAGCACCUGUACAGACCCUCCACCUUCCUGACCUCCUAUGAGCCUCCUGUCUAUAUGGACGACGACGACGACCGUUCCAGCUUCUACAGCGCGCUGCAGGACCCCACCGCUGCUGACUCUGAUGAAGACAGCAUCCCCACCGAGUGCAGACAUCUGCCCGAGUACAAGGAGCUGCUGGAGCUGAAGAAGCUGAAGAAGCAGAGGCUGCGGGAAAUGCACAUGGAGCAUUCACUCACGCAGCACCUGGGCUACAAGUGUGAUGCCUGUGGUGUGGAGCCAAUCCAGGGCAUGAGGUGGCACUGUCAGGACUGUCCCCAGGACAACGCUGUCGACUUCUGCAGCUCCUGCUCUGACUGCUUCUUCAAGUCCGAGUCCCACAAGCCUGACCACCGGCUGGAGCCCAUCUGCGAGGCAGAGACCUUUCUGGACAGAGAUUACUGCCUGCCUCAGAGUGUCGGCUACAACUACCUGGACCCCAACUACUUCCCCGCCAACAGAUGACAGAGGCGAACACAGGCUGCACUAUCACCCCCGUCCUCCAGGGGGCGCUCUCCCGACGGCUCAGCCAUCGCAGUUCAACGCUUGGAAUCCACUAAAGGGCGUGGCCGCCGGCAGUAGAGGGCGGCCACCCUGGGGGGCAAACCGGGAGUCAAGGUCACACGUCCUUGUGGUUGUCGUAGCGAUAACAGGUCUUCACAGUAACACGGCUAAAUGGCACCACCAACAUUCCCGAGCGAGAAGUUCAGGGGGGGGUCCCGGCUGCGGAGGCCGACGUGAUCAGGCACACGGCAGGAUAGACCUUUCAGUCACAGCAGUCACACCAGGAUCCUAAAGAAUUAACCCCAUAUAGCUAGAUGUCUGUAGGUGAGUAUUUAUGAACCAGUCAGUGAGCUUUCUUGUCAAGGAUUGAAAGGAGCUUGGCACCAAGACCAGCUUUUUGGUUUUUUUCUGUUUAUUUUAUUUUGAUUCGUCCUGGGUUUUUUUUUUUUUUAUACCAAUCACAGUGUUUGUUCUUAACACGUGCCGGAGGACUUGUGGGUCGGCUCGGGGCGAGAGGACUGCGCCUCUCUCACUGAAAGCUGCUUUUCCUCACUGUGUCCGCUCAUCAUUUUCGUUGUUUUAACCUUAAAAACCUCCUCACUAAACCUGCUCACUUACCAACGAAAGCACUACAGCAUCAAGCCGGGGAGCCGGAGGGAGCCGGAGGGAGCCGGAGGGAGCCGGAGGGCCGUUUUGCUAUGAAGGACCCCAGGAUUAGUGGGCACCCAGAUAUUUUCAAUGUGUUCUGUUGUAAUCAUGUGCUGUAUACAAAUAUAUGGUGAAAAGAGGUAGUAACUGUGCACCAUUUCUGUCUGAAGUUUUCACCUGUGAACCCGGCCUCCCUCCCUCCCUCCCUCCCGCUGCCC